CAAUAUCGUACAGAGUUCACUCCGGAGAGUUCCAGCGAUGGCGUUCUCUCUUUCCACACUAAAACGAGAGCUCCAGUGUCCUGUAUGUAUUGAGAUUUUUAAGGACCCAGUAAUUCUGUCCUGCAGUCACAGUUUUUGCAGGACAUGUGUACAGAGGAGCUGGAGAAGAAGUCCUGGAAGACAGUGUCCUCUCUGCUCGCGACGGUCAUCAAAAGACCAUCCGCUGUCCAAUCUGACUCUGAAGAACACCUGUGAAUCUUUUCUACAGCAGAAGAAGAAAGAGGAGGGUUCCAGUUUACAGGGUGCUCUCUGUUCUCUGCACCUCGAGAUGGUUAAUCUGUUCUGUGUGGACGAUCAGCAGCUGAUCUGUGGGAAGUGUGUGAGCGCAGAUCACCUGAGUCAUAGCUUCUGCUCCCUCAGUAAAGCUGCCGACUCUCAGAAGGAAACUCUUCAGUCUCAUCUCACACAGCUGAACAAGAAACUCUCAGAUUUCAAUAAAGCGAAAGCUGCUAAAGACCUGACGCUCCAGCAGACGGAGAAACAGAUGAAGCAGGAGUUUGAGAAGCUCCACCAGUUCCUCAGAAGAGAGGAGGAGGUCCGAAUCUCUGAUCUGAGACAGGAAGUUGAGGAGAAGAGCCAGAGUGUGAAGAAGAGCAUUGAAGAGCUGGAGAAACAGAUAAAGGGGAUCAGCACUCUAGUUAAGGAAAGAGAGGAGCGGAAAAAGGACGCUGCCUUGUUUUUGCAGGCUGCCAAGACAGCAAGUGAAAGAUUUAAGAAUUCUGCGCCGGAUUUCAAUCCAAAUUCACAACCUCAGAUUAAUGUUGUCCCGCACCUGGACAACCUGAGCUACAGAGUGUGGGAGAAGAUAAAGCACUCAUUGUCUGCUGACAGUAGUCACCUGAACCCCCCCUGCACCAGCGAUUACCCCCAGCCCACUCAACACUACAAAAGCUGGGUGGCAGCAGAUUCUGUCGCUGUAAACUCCUCCUUCAGUGAGGCAGAAAUUCCACAAGCAGCCGGAACUACUACACCUCUAAAGUAUUCAGAAAAUAUUCGUUUUGAGGCUCGUUGCGGGAUAGACCCUCAUGACUGUAUAGACUAUAUAAUACAGGAAGAAGAGGAUUGA